CAACGUCUUUCUUUCGAAACAUUUGUUUAAUUUAAAAAGAAAACUCAGAGACACACGAGACGACGUCGCAUAAGGACGAAACGAUGACCACGCUACCAUACGCCGACGUCGAUUGCAACCUCAGAGCUUUAGCCGGCCGUGCGGAGGGCUUCGGCCGACUCGCCGUCGGUGGUCUCCACGGCGAUCUCUACGUCGUUACAUCUCUCGCAGAUGAUGGACCUGGAUCUCUCCGCGAAGGAGGAAGGAGGAGAGAGCCGUUAUGGAUCGUGUUCGCGGUCUCCGGAACUAUACAUCUCAAUUCAUACUUGAGCGUAUCGUCUCACAAGACGAUCGAUGGAAGAGGACAACGGAUCAAGAUCACUGGGAAAGGGAUAAGGCUGAAGGAAUGUGAACAUAUCAUCAUUUGCAAUUUGGAGUUUGAAGGUGGUAGAGGCCAUGACGUCGAUGGGAUUCAGAUUAAGCCAAAGUCUAGACACAUUUGGAUUGAUAGGUGUAGCUUGAGAGACUACGAUGAUGGGCUUAUUGAUAUCACUAGGCAGAGCACUGAUAUCACUGUUUCUAGAUGUUACUUUGGGCAGCAUGAUAAGACGAUGUUGAUUGGAGCGGAUCCUUCUCAUGUUGAUGAUAGGUGUAUCAGAGUGACGAUUCACCAUUGUUUCUUUGAUGGAACUAGGCAGAGGCAUCCUCGUCUCAGGUUUGGGAAAGUUCAUUUGUAUAACAAUUAUACAAGAAACUGGGGGAUAUAUGCUGUCUGUGCUAGCGUAGAAGCGCAGGUGUUCUCUCAAUGCAAUAUAUACGAAGCAGGAGUGAAGAAGAAAACUUUUGAAUACUACCCAGAGAAGGCUGCUGACAGGGAAGAAGUAAGAGCUGGGUUGGUUCGAUCGGAGAAUGACUUGUUCUUGAACGGAGCUCAAGCUUCCUUGUUGACAGGGGCCGGGGGAGAAUGUGUGUUCCAUCCAAGCGAGCAUUACCCGACAUGGACCGUGGAGCCUCCAUCGGAUACUCUCAAGCAAAUCAUCAAAAUCUGUACUGGUUGGCAAUCAUUAUCCUCUCCUUCAGAUCAUGGCGUUCCUAAGUAGUUUUUGCAGUCCGAUUGUUUGUUAUCUUGCAUAUUCUAUUUUCUUUAUUUUCUAGUUAUUUGAGGAGUGAACAAUGCUUAUGUUCUACAACACAUUAUGCUCUGUGUGAUGAGAAACUCAGUUAAAUAUUUAUAAUAAUGUAAACAGUUUUGUUUUUA